CUUUGCCAAUUUCCUCGAGAGUGUAUUUAAACGGAUGAUAUCUCACGCUGCAUCCACCCAAUGAAGCAAGGAGCUGCUUUGAGUCGUUGUGCGCCACCUAUUCAGUUGUCAUCAGUCUUUGACAAGUAAAACACAAACAAGACGACAGUUUUUGGGCAAUUGACGUAUCUGGAAAAAAAGAUCAUCCAAGAGACCCGUAUUUCCUCCCACGAUGAACCAAGCAGACAAGAAGCCGGUCGUCAAGAACACGGACAUGGAGCAGGACCAGCAGGACGAGGCGGUCCACUUCGCCACCCUGGCCCUGGACAAGUUCAACGUGGAGAAGGACAUCGCAGCUUACAUCAAGAAGGAGUUCGACAAGUCCUACAACCCGACCUGGCACUGCAUCGUGGGCAAGCACUUCGGCAGUUACGUCACCCACGAGACCAAAAACUUCAUCUACUUCUACCUGGGCCCCCUGGCUGUCCUUCUCUUUAAAUCGGGUUGAUUUUUUUAAACUGGCAUGCGAACUGAUGUGCAUUAUGUAGGACACAGGACACUUGGCAUUUUCUCAACCAAAAUGUCUAAGGCAUUAUGGCUUCAGCUUCAAAAAUCAUCAAGAUGUCUUUAGUUUCUAAACAAAAAGGGAAACAAUUGUUUAUUUUAUAGGAUUCGGUGUUCCUUAAUCGAGAGCAUGGACCUUUGCUUGAAUCAUCAAGGUCUGGGCUUAAUAUCACCUUAAGCUGUUGUCCUAAAUACAGUUGUAGCCCACAAGAAGCAAGAACUUCAUCUUCAUCUCUAUUCAUCAUUUGCGUGCUUUCCAGCGCGGGCUUCACGUUAAUUGAAAGAACAUGAGGGCCUACAGUUGCGGAGGCUUGACUGUUACUUGUUGGGUUUUCUAGAUCCAGAAUACACGAUCCAGAGUAUGGUAUUUUACGUAUCCCUUAUAAUAGGAUAGUUAUAUAGUCCAGGCAAAAUACUUAUUUUUUUUAAGUGAACCUCAAACAAAUUGCAAAAUAUAUAUUUUUUCACCACAGUGCAUUUCUAUAAGGU